GAAACCAGAAAGACAACUGUGACUAUUCGGAACAUAGAACGUAUUCCAAUAAGACGGACGCAGAAUUUAAGGAAACUUUGUUCACUAAUUCUACAACACAAAGGUUGAAGUUUGAAGCGACUUUGGCGGUUGAUUUAGUUGUUUGUUAAGAGUUUAUUUUUGGGUAGCAAAAAUGGCAUGUACAAAGACAAAACGACGAGCGCGUAACCGUACACAGCGUUUCACUUCAAAUGUGUUUUCUAUGUUUAAUGAAGCUCAAAUUAGUGAGUUCAAGGAAGCGUUUCUGAUGAUUGAUUCAACCAAAGAUGGAGUUAUCGAUAAGCAUGAUUUAGAGGAUAUUUUUGUUUCUUUGGGAAAGUCACCAAGCGAAGACUACUUGAAUGAUAUGCUUUCACAGGCACCAGGUCAAAUCAACUUCACAAUGUUCUUAACAUUAUUUGGUGAAAAGAUGAUGGGAUGUGAUCCGGAGGAGACUAUUUUAAAUGCCUUCGCCUGUUUCGAUCCCGAUAGGACAGGAGUGAUUAGUGAGAAACGCCUACGUGAAUUAAUGACUACUAUGGGAGAUAGAUGGUCAAAUGAAAAGGUCGACGAAUUAUUUCACGGUGCACCGAUUCAAGAUGGGAAUUUCGACUACAAAGAAUUUACACGGAUGAUUAUGCAUGGUCAAGAGGAAGAAGAAGGUCAAGCCAAUGAGGCAUAAGUGAUCAUUACCAUUGUUACAGUAGGAAAGAAGAUCGAACUUUUUUUAUGAUAUAACAUUUUAAAAGUUUUACACAUACUUGCUUACUUAUCUCUUUCUUCUUUUUAUUAUUAUCACAUUCCAAUUUUAUUCCUUGCUUCCUUUUGCCUUACACAUAAUGCAUAUAUAUGCUUUUAAUCGCUUCGUUGAUGAAUUUUAUCUCCUUUGUUGUUGAAAAACAUUUUAUAUGUAUUUUACAAAAACAGGUUGGACCACUUGUGUUUGUCUUUCGUGUUUAGUUUCCAAUGGUAAAUGGAUAUUUUAAUAGUUGGGACUUCUAUAAUCUGAUUGUAUAAUCUAUGGAGAAAUUUUGAUAA